CAUGGCUGCCGUCGCGUUGCGCACGGAGGAGCUGCGAAGGUGAAGUUGGGAAAGGUGACAGUGCACAGCCGAGGAAGCUACUGAAUUACCGCAGAGAAAGAGGUUUAAAUAUGCGUGAUCGGCCGGUCAGCUGAAGGUGUGGACACGGACACUCAAAGGCCUCACCGUUCAUUCUGGAACAUCACUGUUGAGGCGCUUGCAAAUGGGGAUGGGCCCAGUGUUCCGGCACUGCCCCUGUCUGCGGCCUGCCCGGGAGGAAGUCCGGGUCCUGGACUAUGCCCACCAUGGCCUAGAGGACGUGCCCUCAGAGGUGUUCAACUACGAGCGCACUCUUGAGGAACUAUAUCUUAAUGCCAACCAGAUCAAAGACCUACCCAGGCCACUAUUUCACUGCCAUGGACUAAGAAAAUUGAAUCUAAGUGAUAAUGACAUUCAAACUCUACCUCCAGCUAUAUCUUCACUUGUCAGCCUAGAAGAACUAGACAUUAGCAAAAACAAUGUGAUAGAAAUUCCCGACAACAUCAAAGGUUGCAAAUGCCUGGCCAUAGUAGAAGCAAGUGUGAACCCAGUGGGAAAACUUCCUGAAGGCUUUACGCAGCUCAUAAAUAUAGAACAACUUUACCUUAAUGACACGUUCCUGGAAUAUCUUCCUGCAAAUUUUGGGAGGUUGUCAAAGUUAAAAAUUUUGGAGCUGAGGGAAAACCAUCUGAAGGUUCUUCCCAAAUCCAUGGCUCGCUUAACGGAGCUGUCCCGCCUCGACAUUGGCCAGAACGACUUUACAGAGUUGCCUGAAGUGAUCGGUAGCCUCCCCAGCCUGACUGAGCUCUGGUGUGACAGUAACAGGCUGACGUCUUUACCUUCAAACAUGGGGAAUCUGGUUAAGCUCACCUACCUGGAUGCCAGCCGGAAUCGCAUAUCUUUUAUUGCUGAUGAAAUUGAGAACAUGACAAUGCUCUCUGAUCUCACACUCACCACAAAUAAGCUGCAAAAGAUUCCAGAGACACUCGGCUUUUUGCAGAAUCUCGCAACAUUGCGCCUUGAUGACAAUCAUUUAGCAACAUUGCCUGAUAGCAUUGGACAGCUGUCCAAACUCGAAGAGCUCAUCAUUAACAGCAACGAGAUAGACUCACUGCCUUCGACGAUCGGACUUCUUCGAAACCUGUCGAUACUCAUGGCUGAUGACAACCUGCUGGAGGACCUUCCACCAGAAAUUGGGAGCUGCUCCAAACUCCGUGUCCUGUCCCUGCGAGACAACCGGCUGUGUAAUGUGCCGGAUGAGCUGGGUCAUCUGUCCAGCCUGCGGGUUGUGAACCUGAGCGGGAACCAGCUGAGACACCUGCCAGUCAGCCUCGCCAAGCUUGGAGGGCUCCAUGCGCUUUGGCUGUCCCAGAACCAGACAAAGCCUUUGGUGCUGCUGCAGUCAGACAUAGACCGUGAAACGGGGCAACGUGUACUGACCUGCUUUCUUCUGCCACAAGAAUCAUCAGCUGCCCACCCAGAUAAGCCUAAUGCCGUUGUGAAUGAAAGCGAUGCUGUGCCCAGUGAACGGAGAGGCACCAUCACUUUUGCCUUUGACACUGAUGUGGAUCGACCGGGUCGUCUCGUCCGUUCACCAACUCCUUACCCCAAAGAACUGAAGGCACGCGCACGGCAUGUGAGAAAUCUUCGUAGGCAGAUGAAUGGUGAUGUGGUUAGUGCUGGACAUGUUGUCGUGUCACAGCCGACGUCUCGCUUGGAGGGUUUCGGCAGGGGUGAAGCACCAGGCACCGAAAAGCAGCCACCAGAAGUGGUGGUUCGUGAGGCUAAAAUUGUACAGCCCGUAUCACCAUCAGGGAACCCUGAUUUGGCUCAGGUGCAUGCCGACAGGCCUCACGAGCCUUGCUUAUUAAGGCACCAGCAGGACAUUAACAUCGUGCCCGCUGAAAGCUUUGCCUGUCACCAACCCACUCAAAGCUCGUUUGCAACAAACAACAACAUCUCAAUGUGCACUGACCUAGAAACCGUCGGGGCUGUAGCGAGCCCAUCGCCCAGCCCGGUACCACACAUUAGCACCCACAACCUUGCCACGCCUUCCGAGCUUUAUGUGAAUCAGCAAACCCCAGCCGGGCUGCAUGUAGCCAGUGCAGAGCACGUCUACCUCCAUCAUCAACAUCACCCAGCUUCACCGCAUCUUUCUUCAGCAGCAGUAACAGCAGCAGCUCAAGUGUCACAGGGAUCAGUACCACCUGUUGCCACUAUGCACAGCUUGUCAGCACCGCAGUACAGCAACACACUACAUCCACAUCAUGCAAACAUGCCACCACCACCUCGCAGCCCUGUGGCUUCUUGGGAUCACGUACGGCACCAGCAGCAACAGCAGUACAGUGGGGACAUAGCAGAGUUGCCACCAGGUCACACGAUAGCAUCAUCACCCCAACGCAUUCCACGGCGCCAGUUUGAGAAGUACCCCCCCUCAUCAAGAGCCAGCCUUGCAGAGAAGUUCCAACACCGGCUCGUCUCGGAAGACUCGCAAGAACAAUUAGGCUAUAAGAGUGAUCAGGAAACCUACGUUCAGCCGACACGACCUCUUUCAGCUGCUUAUCACGAUGGCUACUCCAGCGAUUGGGACACAGUGACUUUGCCCAGAGGCCACUCCAUAUCCCACCCCCCCGACAGCAGUGUUCAGUACUUUCGUGGGGUACCCUGCUCUCCAGUAAGAACACUACCACGUCGAGGUUCGAGUCCUGUGUCACCCAGAGUUAUGUCGAGGUCACCACGCAAAGUUGUGGGGUCACCAGUUCAGACCUACACAGUUCAAGCACCACACCCUUUGAAGCCUGUAGCUGGGAUGACCGAUGUACCUGCCUUGUACCUCUUGCCCGAAUACUAUGGGGAUGUAAGGACUUCAAAGGAAGGCUACAGCUUGCCAGUGCGUCGCAGUCCACAACCUGAAUGGGGACCAGCCUCCGAGAGGUUAGCACCGCAUGCUGAAAGCGAAGACCUUCCACCAUCCCAGUCAAGCUCCUCACUUUCAUCAUCCCUGUGUCUGCCGAGCGAGGACCCAUGUAGCCUGACCUCAGAGGGUGUCACUCCAGAAGGUGGCCCUGCCCCUGGCACUCCCUGCUUCAGGGUAGCCCAGGAGCAAUGCGAGCAGCCAGCGCCGCCUUUGCCCCCACGGCCCCGAGCACAUUCGGGUGAGGCCAGUGCGACAGCUCCAACACCACCACCGAAACCUGAGUUCUUGCUCCAGCGAAGUGUCUCCAAUCGCUCAGCGCAUUCACAGGAGCACCAGAAUGAGAUCGUCCUGGACAAAGGGUCAGAUGCAGAUUUCGUUCUGGAAAACAGGCCAACAUCACCGGGUGUAUUUGUAAAGGAAGUCAACCCGCAAGGAUCAGCAGCAGGAAAGCUACAGGUUGGGGACAAAAUACUGAAGGUGGAUGACUUAGAUGUGUCUAACGCCGAGGUUAAUUAUGCCCUGGGAGCACUUGUCAGUGCUGGUUCCAAAGUCAGGCUUACCCUGCUGCGACAGCAAUGACAGUAGAACCGCUUAUGAAUGCCCCCAUGCAGUGGUCAUCACUUUGACUCUUCAUCAGAACAUUCUGGAAUCGCUACUGAACAGUGGCAACAUUUGUACAUGAAAACCUGCUGGCACAAGCUCAACAAUGAACAAAUGCAACUUCUGCCCCCCUUUUUUUCCCUCACCAUCUCACGUGGGUUCUACUUCUGUUUCAAACAUUCAAGAACAUUUGCAAAAGCUGCUGGCAUCUGCUGUGCGUUCAUGGAAAGUGGCAUACUGUUGUGAGGUGGUGCACAGCGUGACAUGCCAUGUGCCGUCAUGGUGGAGGUGCUUUCUUUGACGUUUGUCCACGACGUACCUGACCGGUGUUCAUACAGUUUGGAAAAUGCAUUUUGUGCAAGACUGCUGCAUUCCGGGACUGGGUUGUUGAGCGCUAUUUACCUAAAGGACCCUUAAAGCAAGCUCAUGAGAGGGAGACAAAGAUUGUAGUGUUGUCGCAUGAACUUUAAAUGUGUGAGAGCUUGGUUGCGCUGAUGUGGCAUAUCUCUGGACAUGGCCUGUUCUUGGAGAGGAGCAAGGUUGCUGCUUGCAAACAUGCUUUACUACCUUUUCCUUCUUUCUUUCUUUUUCCCCUCUCUUAAAAUGAUGUUUAAGAGUUUCUUUAAAUUCGUGUUGCCUCUAGUUAGCUUGUGUGUUGAACACUGCUUGUAAAAGUUUGGGUACACAUUCUUCUCUGGGGCAGUUAUCUUUUCCUUAACUUGUUACAGAAGUGAAUCAGACUUAAGAUACAGCUGAAUGGCGCAGGAUGGUCACUGGGGAUUUCUGUUUUAAAGCCAUGCCUACCUCUCUGAAUCUCGUCACACAAUGGGAUAGAGCAGGGUGACCAGUUCAGUUUAAUACAAGCAAAUCUGGACCGGUUGUUUUGUUUUUGCUGCAUCUUUUUGGGCUUGUCAGCAGGUAAGCUCUUGUACACCCAAAAUUGGUCUAUUUAACGUAUAGUUUUGCAUUUGGCUAGGUGCCUUUCACACAGUCAGACCUACAACUCUCAUCAGGAAUGGACAGCCCAAAACUAUAGUGUAAGAUAGAGUUGUGAUCAGCGAUGAUAGGUAGUUUCUCGCCAUUCUUCCUUACAGUUUGUAACAAAGUGAUCCUUUUCCCAUACCAUGCAGUAAAACAUGAUUUAAAAACUUAAUAUUUCUAAUUGAAACAAGGUGUGGUUUAAAUAGAUUCCCUCACUAAAAUAUUCCACAUGGUCUAGGCUGCUUUUGAACAAGCCAUGCCACUUAUUUAGGCUUGUUUUGAAGGGUCUAUCCACUUGUUAGCCCUAAGAGAGAGAGAGUAAUGAUGCAUAGAAAGGCAAGGAGGUGAACCAGAGGUAGUUCCGAUUAGCUCUAAUUUGCCUGGUCACCCUGGUAUAUACCACCAAAAAAUCCAUGCAAUUUGUGCUUACAUAUUGAUGCAAUGCAUGUUCAUUACUAGAGCAAUGCAGUAAAUGGUGUGCUCUCCUGUUUUCAUUGUUACCAAAACUCAUAUUCUGAUGCAAUAUAUCACUUGUGCAGUAAGCUGUAUUGUAUGCUCACAGGAAACUUGAAUGCUCUGUCUGUAGCCAUUGUGCAGUUGUUCUGUCUAGAUAGCUUUGGAUAUCAAGCGGGAGUCAUUUUUUGCAAGUCUCCCAGUCACACACCCAAGUUUCCUGCUGAUUUGGGAAGUUUUUGGCAUUUACUUCUUUGUACUCUUUGAUGGCAUUAGCAACUUUGUUAGCACUCUUUUGUCGUCAUGCAACCUGUACAUAAGACGGUAUAGCAUAUUUGCAUUAUGUAAUAACUUGAGCUGUGUCAUGCUACUUCAUUUUACACUACUUUGUGUUUCUGUUCAAUGCCAAGCAAAAUGGAAGGUUUCAAAGCCAGGUGAAAUUUAUUUUCAUUUGCACUUGGUACUCAACAGUCUUCAUUUAUCAGCAUCCCGGUAAUGCUUUAUUUUGUUUGUUUGUUUGUUUGUUUUUUGUUUGUGCUAAAUUGAGAAACAGCUUCUUUCUUUUCUGAUUUCCUUUUGAAUGUGUAUUAUUUAUAUAUUAUUUAUUUCAACCUUUAAAAUACUCAUGGCUACAGUGAACACAAGGAGUGAGCACUUAUCACGACAAUUCAACAAGAGCAAGCUGUAAUUAAGCCUGUGGCUUGUAACAUGCUCAAGUGUGCAUGAGAUAAUCCAAAAGGUCGAGUUAUUUAUCUGCUUUUAUCUUGUUUUUCCCAUUUUGCUGUUAACUAUGUUUUAGUGGACAGUUUAAGCUUCUGUUUAGCGUUUUUUGCAUAGGAAGGGGUGGUCACUUGUCAUGGGGGAGAGUCGUUAUUGGUCCGACUGUACUCAAGAAAAUUGAAAAAUAUGGUGGUUUAUACUCUGGCGAAAUUAUAAUAAUGUUUCACAAAUGCAGCAAAAUAUAUGCAUUAGCGCUGCUGCUGCAUAUAUAGAACAAUUUGCUGGCAUGUUUAGAGUCUGUUAAAGCUAUAGGCUAAACGAAACCUACUCAUUGCUGGAGUUGCACUCAUAUGUUUGCUGUAUGUGUGUAUUGUUAGAAACUUGCAUUAUAGGAACAUUUCGCAAAGCUUUUUGCUUGUCAAAAUGUGUUGUUGCAUGUUGCAGUGGUGUAAUGUUUCUGUUACACAUACAUCUGAUGCAGUCAAAGCAUCAGCCGUCGAUGAACCCUUCUUCAGUACAUUGCAAUGUUCCAGUUGCUGCGCAUUACUAUGACCUCAAAGCUCAACUUCAACGACAGACUCAUAGCUUUAGUUAGUGUGUGUGGUUGGCACCCUGACAUGCAAACGUCAGUGAACAUAUCAUACGGAGGGCCUGUCAUGCAAGUGUUUGUGAUACAAAAUACCACUAGAGAGGUCUCCGCCUUGAAUUUGCUCAGUCGUUUACGGGUGAAUGAAAGUCCGGGUGAGAGAGAAACUCGAGGGGAAAUGCUUGUGUGACAUUGCCUUAUUCGCCAGACAUGACUCACUAGAGGAGUGCACAGACACGCCUCGAUUUCUGGUGUGCAACUAAAUUGUCGUGUUGCUUGAAGAGCUUAGUUUAAAAGCACAGUAUCAAAGAGCUUAGAGAGCAUAUAUUAGACAUGCAUUUAUCGAAAGUGUUAUUUGAUAAGGAAUGUAACACCCGAGCUGCUUGCUCAUGUUUUCGUUUCACCUUUUCUAGUUGCAAGGCGAGUAAGCAAAGCUCGGCGUAUUCAUACGAACUAGCAGAGGUUGUGUCAUCACUUGACUGUUUACGACAGUGCUGCCUUAAGCUUUACUUAAGGUCAACUGAGUGCUGGCAGCUUUCCAGAGAAUUAAGAUCUUUGGAACCAAGGCUGCGUGUUAUGCGAACAAAAUGUUUGUACAGGUUUCACUUCCUGUCACAUGAAGUAGAAGUGUAUUUUUAAUAAUUAGGUGUUUCUAUAGCUGCAGUGAACAAAAAGAGCUCCGGUGUGUGCCUCGAUCAGUGUACACUACAGUAGAUGUUGCCAGGUUAGUUGGGCAGUGUUCUAACUUGCUGUGUGCUGUUCCUUGUUCUGCCAGCAUCACAGCUGUAUGAACGUUGACCCUGGUUGAAUUCAGGCUUUCGAAGUUCAAACACCGUGUUCAUGUUCAUAGUGUUUCUUAUACACACCUCGUUGAAUGACUUACGUAGGAUGCGCGUUUAUUAUGGCGUCACUCUCACACUAACUUCAAUGAAAUCCCAUAUUGGAAUCACUUGUUUGUAAUUAUAAUGUUUGUACAUAGUGCAUUAGUGCACGCACAAAUGCUUACACUCACUCAAGAUUGUGUUGAUGCUCACUUUGUUGUUUUUUUGCCCCCUUGUUGACUUUGUUUAUUUGUUAUUCUCUAUCUGGUGUGUGAUUUAAUUACCACUGGCACUUGUAUAUUUUGACCUGAUUGUACAUGCUGCAAUGUGUACUCUCUCAAUAACGAGUUACAACAGCAAAUAAAUUGGUGGUUUGUGA